AUGGAUGUCAGAGAAGAAUACGUGGGAAGUGAGGAGCGUAGGACGUUCUUAACAAAUGAUCUUCUUAGAGACAUGGUGGGAAUAUAUUUACGAUCUAUUGGAAUGAAUGAAGUGGCUACCAAGAUGUACGCUGAGGCAAAGACCAUACAUAAUAAUAAAUCAGAAGCCGAUGAGACUAACGAAAGAUUACUGUUAUUACUUAUGAAUAGAUGUGCGGUACCGCGACCGACAACUUCUCACAGUAUCCCACCAUGUGAGUUGGAGUGGAUUUUAUCUCCUCAUACCACUACAAGAGCAGUCAUACGUCGUUUACUCUCUAAUGCCAAAAAGAAAUUAACACGGCAAUUUCACUCCAUGCAUUUACCACGCCCAGAUGAACUCUCUCAACAACACAUAUUAUACUCCAAUCAUGUAAAUAUGUGGUCACCGCAGGAUGAUGCAGAUGCUUUAUAUGUGAAAGGAAAAAAAGGAAAAGGACCUGGAAUGCUUCUCUUUGGUACAUUAAAUCAACUCAUAGAAGAAUUAACACAUGUAAGUGUAUUACCACUUUCUUCCCUCUCUGAGGAAAAAGUAUUAGCACAAGAAAAGUUUACAUUUACAUUUUUACGUCAACAUCGUUAUUUUGCUCUUUCUCAUACUGUACUUGCAAAGUUGAUGGAACGUUUUCUUCUCCCAUUCUCUAUAAAACUUACAUUUGAGCAUUUUGAGGGACAUGGUAUCUCUAUACACGCCCCAGGUACCUCUCUUUCUAGAAUUAUUUCUACUUCACAAGUAACAAAUAAUGUUACUGAGAAUAAAGAAGAAAAUAAUAAUAAUCAUAAUUAUCAUAAUCAUAAUCCAUUAAGUCGCUUCUCACCUAGUGCUUCACUAUGGUUAUGUGUAUAUCGUAAAAUACAAUUGCGCGUGUUAUCUGUUUUAACACUUUGGUUGCAUAAAUAUCCUCAACACUUUGAUGAAGAGAUGCGUCAAUGUCUUAGUCUCUUCCUAGAAGACGCUUGCUAUACUUCUCAACCAUGGUCUGAUUGUCCUUCUCAGUUAACAGAAAUGGCAGAGUUUUUACGGUGUUAUUUAACAGAGAAAGAUAAUAAAUCAUUACAGAGAGAACAAGAGUGUAGUUCCAUAAAAUGUUCUUGUCAGUCCUUCUGCCAGAUCCCACCAACAUUGGAAUCAUUUCCAAUAACCUGUACAAAAAGAAAUACACAUCAAACCAAUUCAUCUAUAAAAACUUCUUUAGAUGAACCUCUAUCAAUUCUUUCAUUAACGAAUACAAAAGAUUUUACUAUACAAGGUGAAUCUCUUGAUGAUACUUUUAUUACAAGUGCAAAAGAAGUUUUACAACUCUUUAUGUCAGUAUCAGUAGAUGAUUAUGCUACAACUCUUACAAGUCUUCAUCGUGAACUUUUUGCUUCUCUACAAGGAGAAUCUUUACUGCAUAUGACAUAUCGUUCUUCUGGGGUUUAUUUAUGUUCUACUUAUUUUCGUCAUUCUUCGCUAGGGAUAUUUUUAUCAACUUCCUCAGAUCUCUCUGCAUGGGUAGUGUCAGUUCUCUUACAUUCUGCUGUUGUUGAUAGUCAUGAAUUACGUCAUUUAAGAGUUACAACGUCACCAGGGGAGAAGUUUAUAAAUGUUUAUAGUUGUAUGGUAGAUCUUGUAGUUGCUUUACUACGUUUGAAUAAUUUACAUGGAGCUAUUGGUAUAUAUAAUGGAUUACAACAUCCGUUUAUUCAGCGUUUAAUGGAACACCCUCGUCUCUCACCACUCUUUCCUGUUGCCAAACUUCAGAACAUUUCAUACUUGGGUUCCAUUCUCCGAUACGAUAGUGAGAAGAAUAAUAGUGAGAUAAAUGAAGAUGAAACGGUGAAAUUUCUUGAGAAUUAUUUGGGUGGUCUCUUUGAUGCCGAUAUCCACCCACCAGUUCCUCCUAUUCAACCUUACCUUAAACAGUUAAAUCGACUCCAGGAAGAAAUGCCAUCCUUUUUAACUGUACGUAAAAAUGAACUUUAUCCACAGUUUGUUAAUAAAGUGGCAUCAGAAAAUAUUGUUGUGGUAAAUUGGCGGAAAUAUAUGAUAAUUGAGGAAAUGUUAACUCGUAUAAUUGCGUGGCAAAUUACCCCAAAAAACAAUUCACGUGACGAAACAUUUGAAUUACAGUUCGCAAACCAAAAACAAUAUGUGGUACAACAGCCUUGGUUACUGGCUCGUAUGGUCAAUGAGUUUAUUUGUAUGUUGUAG